UCUUCCUCUACGUAUCUUCCUGUCGUCAAUUGACAUUCAAUUGACAUUCCUACAGAUUGCCCAUUAUUCUGCACUAUACAACCGAUACCUGCCUUGACGAGAGAAGCCCACUCACCAACUGAGCUUUACUGGCCGUACCCCAAGUUGCCGUCCUCGGGAAUCCUGUGCUUGGGACCUGAAUUCGCUUUUCGGCAGCUACAGGCUCAAGCUCACGUCCAAGGUUUCUGGAACCGUGACGACCCCACACACUUACAUAUAUCAAUAUAUACAAAAAAGCUCUCUCCGGUCUCCGAACCUUUCUUUCAAACUGCGUUUAGAUGGACGCUCCAAAAUCAUCCCGCCAGGGUCGGCAGACACCUGUCCGCGCCCAAGCUGUGAACCUUCCCUCAGUCGCUCGCGCAAACAGCUCGCCGAGUCCGCAAACAACUCUUAACGGGGACUCCGAUUCUCUCCCACUCUUUGUACGAGGCCUUCCCAAGGAGGAAGCGAUCACGGCCAGGGACCUCGUCCACUUCUUUUCCCGAUUUGGCACCGUUGUGCGAGCCAAAGUGCAGAACCGUGAUGGGGUUCAUACUGGGGCUGCUACAGUCGACCUUAUCGACGUCCAGCGGGACUUCAAGAAUAGUAUCCUGUCCGAUCAUGUGCAGUUCGAGGUGUACAAAGAGAAUCCCAGGGUGGUAUUCAAUAUUCAGCGAGACAGGAAAAGAUCCGGUCAACAUCCGAACAGACACCGUCCAAGAUUCGAAACGGAUGUACUAGAGAUGGAUAGAUUUACGGUCGGCACCUUGAUGAACUCCAACACAUUUUACGAGUGUUGGGAGUGCAGUCAAGCUAUCAGCCUGGAGUUCGAGUAUUCUGACUGGCAAAGCGCAACGGUGUCAUUUGUACGCAAUGGCACUACGUAUCAGCUGGUGUACAAGUUCAAAAACAUACGAAACACUUUCAAGGUGGACAAACGGACGAACGGCACGCAGGUUACCUACCACAUCGUCGCGUCUCUAAGUCUUCCACCCCAGGUGCUCUAUGUUGCCGAAGAUCCGUUCUUCUGGAGAGCGAAGGGCCAGGAAAGGGAGCGCAUCGCGUUCCCUUACAUUGCUGGUCAACAGCUUCCUCUCAAUGCUUUCUUUAAUGACCCAGAGUACGAAGGACCCCUCGUGCGCGCCGUGCCGGACACGGGAAGAUUCAUGGAUCAUCAUUACGAGGUCACCUACGAGAGCGCUGCGGGGAUCGCUGGAGUGGCGGAGCGCAAGUUUUUAGAUACCAUGGCACGCCUUGUGCAUUAUGGAAUCAUCACAGACCGCCGGAUUUUCGCCGAAAUCGACUUUCUGAAACCUGCAGACGUGCCUACGCCUUAUAACAUUCAAGACGCCCCAAUCCCGUAGUAAGACUUGUAAUCUCGUGAGAACGGACAUGGCAGUGGUGUUCUGAUGCGCUUACUUUACAGCAACGUCAAAUUUAAACUUCUGA